GCGACAUGAGUCGCCACAGCACCAGCAGUGCAGCUGAAAAGACAUCAAGGGCCAUGCUCUGGGGUGGUGAGCUCAAUCAGGACAAGCAAACUUGUACCUUUAGACCCCAUGGGGAAAGGAAGGAGAGCUGUAAGCUGUUGCUCAGUACGAUUUGCUUGGGGGAGAAAGCCAAAGAGGAGGUGAAUCGUGUGGAAAUCCUGCCCCCAGCCAACCAGGAGGACAGAAAAACACCAGUCACCAUUGCUUCACUGAAGGCCUCCGUCCUGCCCAUGGUCACUAUGACAGGAAUGGAGCUUUCUCCUCCAGUGACUUUUCAGCUCCGGGCUGGUUCAGGACCUGUGUUCCUCAGUGGUCAAGAGUGCUACGAGAUUCCAGACCUAUCCUGGGAAGAAGAGGAGGAAGAAGAGGAGGAGGAGGAGGAAGAAGAGGAAGAUGAUGAGGAUGAUGAUGAGGAUGUGUCAAUAGAGGAGACCCCUGUCAAACAAGUCAAAAGGCUGGCUCCCCAGAAGCAGAUGAGUGCAGCUAAGAAAAAGAAGCUGGAAAAAGAAGAGGAAGAUAUAGUGAGGCCCAGCACUAGAGACAAGAGCCCCUGGAAAAAGGGGAAAUCUACACUCAAACCUAAGAAGCUGGUGUCCAAGAAAUGA